AUGGCUAUAAAUUUAGAUAAACACAAAAGUACAUUGUUAGCUGCGUGGAAGGAUGUAUUAGACGAUAAAAGUGAUACUAAUUGGGCGUUGUUUGGCUAUGAUGGCCUAUCAAGCGACCUAAAGUUCAUCAGCAAAGGAAAUGGUGGCCUUACAGAACUCUUAGAAGACUUAAAUAGUGGCAAAAUCCAAUACGCAUUCCUCAAGGUAGACGUGCCCAAUGGGAGCAUAUCUAAAUACGUUCUUAUCAAUUGGCAGGGCGAAGGCGCGCCAACUGUCCGCAAAGGUACAUGUGCAAAUCACAUCAAAAAUGUCUCACAAUUUUUCUCUGGAUUCCAUCUGUUAUUACACGCCCGGACCGAAGACGACCUUGACGAGGACGUUAUACUUGAUAACCUUGCCAAGGCUGGGUCAACAUAUAAUUUUACGUCAAGUAAGCCAGAGGAGUUGCCGCCUAGUGGACCAGUAGGAACCGCUUAUACAAAGGUUAAUCCAGUCCAGGAAAUCAACUCGAAGGAGAGGGAUCAGUUUUGGUUGAAAGAGGAACUGGAGGAAAGGAAACGUGUGGAAGCUGAAAGAAAACGAAGAGAAGAGGAGAAGAAGAAAGCAGAGGAAGAUGUUAGAAGAAGAGAUGAGUUAGAAGCUGCUAGAAGGGCAAAAGCCGAACAAGAAAAACCGGCCAUCCCCGAAGCGAUGGAGGGGCAGCGCGGGGCGGAGGUGGCGCGACGCUCGCGCUCGAUGGAAGCCAAGCAGCUGAUCGGCUCUACCGCAGCCGCCAGGGCCAAGUUCGAGCAGCAUUUGGCGCAGGGACAGAUGUCCGGCAGAACAACAAGCAUACCAGAAAAGCCAGUCCGCAGUUCAGUGAUAGCACAACGAAUUAACACGUUCACCAAUCCACAAGCUUCAUCACCAACAACCAAAUCACCCCCAGAGAUCAAAUCACCAGUCAAAUCGCCUGAAGAAAAAAUCACGCUACCCAACACCCAAAGCGAACAACCCAAAACUAGUCCUUUGAAAAACAUAGACAAGAUCAAAAUGAGUCUAGAAAGCCCAUCACAGAUCCAGUACGAACCGAUCAUUGACCCCGCAGACCUGAGUCCCAGUACAGAAAAUGACCCUGGAUCGUUUAGUGCCAUCAAUUACACUGAAUACAAACAAAACGACACAUACAGAGAUAUAAAUGAUUUAAAACAAAGUGAGCCAAUGAUAAAACAGAAUAUUCUUGAAAAUGAUAUGUUCGACGCGUCCUAUUCAAGUUCAAAUGAAAAUGAUGACGAUGAUAGUGAUAAUAAGUUUAGUACGAUUAAAAGAUCACCAUACAGUAAGAACAAUAUUGUUGAAGAGAGUGAACGGGAAUUGAGUAGACAGAACACUGUCAUAGAAAAUGUACAUUACAAGAAGGAGCAGAACGGCACUACUACGUUAGACGAUGUGUCUCCGGAAGGUUUGGAAGACGAAGGCACAAUAUACGAAGACCUGGACGACGAUCCCGGUCUUACGGCGAGAGCUCUUUACGACUAUCAAGCAGCGGACGAGUCCGAGAUAACGUUCGACCCGGGCGACAUAAUAACGCACAUCGAGCAAAUCGACCCCGGCUGGUGGCAAGGGCUAGGACCACACGGCACCUUCGGCCUCUUCCCCGCGAACUAUGUCGAACUCAUGCCGCAUCCGCUGCCGCGCUAGUAUGGGCCUUUUCGACUAUCUGUUGGUGAGACAACUAAUGCCUACAGUGAAUAACAAGUGACAAGCAAAACGACGCCGUAAUUACUCUAGUAUUAAGUUGUUUUUAUUAUUUUAUAUUAUUUCGUUUCUUUGAUGCUCGAUCUUGAGUCCUUUCCCCGUCAACUAUGUCGAACUCAUGCCGCAUCCGCUGUCACGUUACUAUGUGAGAGACGACUGUACGGCUACAGCUGUGCUCGUACUAGCGAGUUGUAAAUUAU